AUGGACCUUUAUAAUCAGCCAAUUGUGAUAGAUAAUGGCUCGGGUAACUUGAAGGCAGGGUUUGCGGGGGAAGAGCAACCCAAAUGCUACCAAGCUAAUAUGGUUGGAAGACCUAAAUAUCAAAAGAUCAUGGCCACUACCACCACAGCAACAGCCGGUGACACUGCUGAUACAGCAGACGGACAAAAACUGGAAUCACUCUUUGUGGGUCAAUUUGCCCAACAGAAUAGAGGUCUAUUGAAAUUGCUGUAUCCAGUUGAACAUGGGAUCGUUACCAAAUGGGAUGAGAUGGAGACAUUAUGGUACCAUACAUAUUCUACCCAAUUGAAAGCCCUGCCUCAAGAACAUCCCUUAUUGAUAACCGAGUGUCCUUUGAAUCCUCGACAGAAUAGAGAUAAAAUGUGUCAGGUUCUUUUUGAACAAUUCAAUGUGCCUUGUUUAUAUGUACUGAUUCAAGCAGUGUUACUGUUGUAUGCCAGUGGGAGAACCACUGGUGUAGUCCUUGAUUCAGGGGAUGGUGUUAGUCACAUUGUACCCGUUUAUGAUGGGUUCCUGUUGCCUACAUCUAUUAAAAGAGUUGAUAUCGCUGGUCGAGACAUCACUGAACAAUUACAAUAUGAACUUAGACGACUUCAAGGUAUUCUGUUACUUUCAUCAUCUGAGAAGGAAAUUGCUAGAAUAAUUAAAGAAAAAUGUUGCUUUGUAUCCAAAGAUCCCAUUAGAGAUGAAAAAUUAUACAAUUCAGUGUAUUAUGAUAAAUCAAAUACGGAUUUGUUUUCAACUUAUAGACUUCCAGAUGGUAAAGAAUUGGUUCUUGGAGCUGAAAGAUUUAGAGCUUCUGAAAUCUUAUUUAACCCACAAAUAAUAGGAAACGAGUCUCCAGGAGUUCAUGAAUUGGUCAAUUUAGCUAUUGCCAAAACAGAUUUGGAUUUGAGGUCUGUCUUAUAUCAAAACAUUAUACUAUCAGGAGGUACAACAAUAUUCAAGAACUUUGGAGACCGAUUAUUAAGUGAAUUAAAUGCCAGUUCUCCAGGGACUACAAAGGUUAAAAUCUAUGCACCACCAGAACGGAAAUAUUCCACUUGGAUUGGCGGGUCCAUUCUAGCAGGGUUAUCUACAUUUAAAAAAAUGUGGGUUACCUAUGAAGAAUACCAAGAGGAUCCAAAUAUUGUUCAUACAAAAUGUCUUUAA